AUGAUUAUUUUAUUACAAAAUAAAUUUUUGUAUGUACCCUACUUACCAAUUGGAUGUCGUAACGAUCGAUUUGAUGAAUCGUUGAUUGACAAACGAUUGGUAUGUAAACUAGUAGAAGCCAAAUCAGACGAUGGAUGUAAAUUGAUUGGGAUUAUUAUUCGAAAUAAAAGUUUAAAAGGAGAAAAUCCUAGUAUUAUUAGAGAUGCAAUCGAGAAUUUCAGUAAACAAGACCCGGUUUUAAUAUACUUUCAAGGAAAUGCCGGUAAUAUGCUCCAUCGACUUCCAAUCUUUCAUCGUCUACUAUUACCGACCACAUCAAAGUCCACAAUUACCAAUUUAAUCAUCGUUGCAAUUGGUUAUAGAGGAUAUUGGCUGUCCAAUGGAUCACCAUCAGAAGAUGGAUUAAAGAUGGAUGCAACAUCCAUUUACAAAUUCGUACGAAGUUUGUAUCCGGAGAAUCCAAUUUACGUUUAUGGGCAUUCAUUGGGAGGUGCGGUGGCAUUAUACUUAGCAUCGCAUCCACAAAUUCAAUCCGAUAUCAAAGGUACAAUUAUUGAAAAUACAUUCACGUCGAUCAAAGAUAUGGUGAUAGAAUUAUAUCCCCAAAAAUGGUUGCCUUAUCGAUAUUUGGCAAGCAUUCCUUUGUUUCUUCGUAACAGAUGGGAAAAUGAUGAAAUGGAAAUGGAACCUGUUCGUGCACUGGCAUUUGAAACUGGAAUUCUCGAACAAAUAAACAAACUAGGAAUCAAUCUCAAUGAGCGUGUAGUGGAUGAUACUUAUAAUACCAAUGAUAUGGGAUUUGAGUUAUUCGUUUUACAUGCAGAAAUAAGGAUCAUAUUAGACCAGAUUUGA